GGAUGGUACAUGGAAAUGCCCAGUAUAUUUUUAGGAAUGCUGUAAUCAGGUAGUAUAACCAAUAAACUGCCUUGCCUAAAGUGAUUUAAGCAGGUGAACUAACUAGUUUUAAAUACACUGUAUUGCUGAAGUGAUACGUUAAUGGUUAUUUAUAACCGGUGUUCCAAUCUGUGGCUAUACAACCAAGAAUGUCGUUAAAAAGCUAUUUACCGGAUUACAAUGGAUCGGAAAGUCUUGAAAAGUUUGUUCAAAGAUGGCUUCAUAUUCCAAAAACAUCUGAUCGACGAUUACGAAAAGAACUCCAUCGUAUUUUCAUUUAUUUGCAUGACUUCCCAGCUUACUUCAAUUACGGAAAUGGUUAUACAAGAAAAACGAAAAAGACCAUCAGUAUGAUUGUAAAGGGUGGAUCCCUUGGUAAGGCCACAGCUGUCCGAAGAACCGCUGACCUAGAUUUGAUUGUAUUUUUCAACGGUUAUUCUUCGAUGGAAAAAUUUAUAGAAGAUAAAACAAGACCUGGUGGAAUUCUCGAUAAGCUCAGUGCCUAUCUGACUGCAGAUGACAUAGAUUCAAAGCACUGGAUAGCGGAACCAAGGUCGGGUCAAUUCCAUAUUACACUAAACAUGGAAGCGACGGAAACUAGGUAUGAUAUUCGUGUCGAAGUUCUACCAGCCAUUAACGUCAUUGGAUCAAAAAUAUACGAAGGAUGUAAUAUGGAUCCGGUGUAUGUUGACAUGGCACGUAAAUCCGAAGAAAUACGGGAACACUACUCGACUUGUUUGGUGCAGAAGCAACGACAGUUUGUGAGGAAACAGUCAUCAGGAGUUAAAAACUUGAUAAAGCUUAUCAAAUAUUGGAAGAAUGAGAAUGAUCUGGAGAUAAAGUCGUACAUGUGUGAACUGUUGGCAGUUCAUGUUGCAAGACAAGGAUACCACAGCAUGAGAUCAGGGUUCCAGGGAGUUUUGGACCUGUUAGUCAACUAUGAUUCUCUUAAAAUCACAUUUUCUGAUUUUUACCAACCUAUGAAAUGGGAGAAAUAUUUUCCAAGGUCGCCGUACGUCAUUGAUCCAGCAAACCCAUUCCAAAACACGUGCAUGGAAAAUAUCACAGUGACUGAAAAGAAGGAAAUAGAAUCCUGCGCAAUGAACACACGCGAAUGUCUUAAUAUGUAAUUGACCCAGUUAACAUUGAUGGUUAGAUUUACGUAAAGUUUACGUCAUUAUGGUUAGAUUUUGGUUAGCGUCCAAUAAUGGUAAAAUUCUUUGGUUAAAUUUACGUUACUUUUACGUCAUAAUGGUUAUGGUUACUUUUACAUCAGAAAAUGACGUAAAUGUAACGUAAACUUUAUGACGGAUUACUAACCAAUUUUUUUCGCUUUAAAUACUUCUUGAUUAAAUAACAUUACAAGUGUGUGCACAUUCUAACAAUUGAUAAAUAGUUGGAAUUCAGACAUAAUAAUUAUAUAUGUAUUAUUGGUUUUAAUUCUAACGUUAUUCUAACGUAAAUUUUACAUCAGGUUUCUAACCGUUAGUUUAUGGUUAGUUUUCUGACGUAAGUCUAACGUUAGUUUUCUAACGUUAAUAUAACGUUAGUUUUCUAACGUUAAUAUAACGUUACUUUUAUGUCAUAAUUUUAACCGUUAAUUUAACGUUAGUUUUCUAACGUAAAUCUAACGUUAAUUUUCUAACAUAAAUCUAAUGUUAGUUUUCUAACAUAAACCUGAUAUUAGUUGUAUAAAGUAAAACAAAUGUCAGUUUAAUUUCAUGAUACUAACAAUUAAAUUACUGUCAUUUUUUAUCCUUAGUUUUCUUACGUAAACAAAUGUCAGUUUAAUAACAUGAGCACCAUUUGUAAUGAAGCGACUCGAUGAAGAAGGCUAACCAUAUCCCACAGGAGAAUACUGGUGUGGACUAGAAUAAGCAGACGCCAAAGACUGUCAUUCAAUUUGGGCUUUUUGCAUAUUUUGUCGAACAUAAUUGAUUAAAAUAUACAGUAAAACCAGAUAAGACUGAACUUUAUUCAGUUUAUAUACAUUCAUGUUAUAUUAUUAUAUGCCUUGCUACCCAUUUUUGUCCAUUUCCAGGGGCCCAACAAUAGAAAUGAAAUGGGGUUGAACGUCCUACUGUUCUGCUCCGAACUGGGCUAAUGAAGACGGGCAUGUGCCAUACAGUGUCCUAUGAGGGACAUUUUGCCCGUACAGCGGCACUACGACCUACUCUUAUAUCGAAUUCCAACUGUCAAGGGAUCUUUUACGUGCACACUAAUGUGUCAACAGGACCUCAGUUUUUCAUCGGAUCCGAACAACUAGACAGGUGUCCUUAUCAGGCCCUACGUCCCGCAUCACUUUCUCGGCCAAUGCAGGGAUCAAACCUUUUAACUCCUUUAAGAAUUUCAGCCUGUAAGCGACACAUAAAGAGAAAAAGGAAUGAAUGAAUGACCUACUCUCAUUUCGAAUUCCAGCUGUCAAGGUUUCGUUUACAUGCACAUGCAACAUGAGCACAAGAUCUUGAUUUUUUGUCCUAUUUGAAGGACUAGACACUGUCCUACAUUACAAACAAGGGGAAAAUUCUAUACCAGGAUCGGACCCCUCGUUAGUUAGCCAGUGUGUUAACUUGAAAGUUAACCAUUAGCCAUUCAACCACGCCAGUGUGCUACAAGGGAGUUUUAUCCGGACAGCUGUGCUAAGGCCUACUCAUAUAUUGAGUUCCAACUGUCAGGGGAUCUUUAAUGUGCAUGCCGAUGUGUACAUGGGACCUCAGUUUUUCGUCCCAUCCGAAAGACUAGAAACCUGUGCAGUGCACAAACACAUUCUCCUUAUUAUUCCUGUCUGUGACUACAGUAACUUGAUAUUGUACACAUUGGAGUGCACGUAAACGAUCCCUUGGUAGUUGGAAUUCGAUAUAAGAGUAUUCUGUUGUGCCGCUGCCCGGGCAAAAUUUCCCUCAUAGCACACUGUAUGGUGUAGGCCCAUCUUCAUUAGCCCGGUUUAGGAGCAGAACAGUAGGAUGUUAAACCCCAUUUCAUUUCAUUUCAUUUUGUGUACAUGGGACCUCAGAUUUUCGUCCCAUCCGAACGACUAGACAGCUGUCCUUGUCAGGCCCUCUGUCCUGCAACACUGCCAAGCAGAAACCACAUCGGAAAAUCCUGAUGAACACUAGCCAGUCAGUGGCUCCGGGGUCAUAAAUGUAGUGCCACAAAAAAAAAAUUUGCAGUUCACAAACACAUUCUCCUUACUAUUUGAGUCUGUGACUACAGCAACUUGAAAGUAGUCCAAUUAAUAGCCUUUUUUAUGUGGUUUUGCAAUCGAAAUCAAACCUGAGAGGGAAAACAAAUAAUGAUAAUACGUGAAAAAGUGUGGCACCAUCCAAAGGGAGAGUGAGAAUGAAAUGGGGUUUAACAUUCACUCGACACAAACUAGGUUAUUUCAGGACUAACCGUAGGGGUCUUUAGCAGUGGGAGGAAACCGGAGCACCCAGAGAAAAUCCACGGGGUUGGACAGACGUCCCUACUCCUUGUCAUAUUCAACCCGGGAAUGGAACCCAUGCCAGUUGACUCAAUGACAUACCUUAUGAUACAACACGCAUGCGCUAAAUCGAUGGACACACUAGCCGAAUCGUUCGGCUGAAUGGGUGGACACACUAGCUGAAUGCUUCGCCCGAUUCAACCUGUCGGUUGCAUCACCUUUCACGUCACAUGAUUAAACAUGGCGGCGUCUGUGUCUUUAAUCUAUCAUGUGACUUCUCGAUAUGAGUGGUGAUUGGCUAAUGAAUUCUAUAUUCGGCCGAAUGCUUCGGCAAAGCGAACACACCAGGCGAAUAUAAUUGAUUCGGGCGAAUUAUUCGGCCGAAUGACAGUGGACACCGAAUCAUUCGGCUAGUGUGUCCACCGCCUAACCAUUUGUCCAUCCGACCCUCCGCCAGUGCGUUACCAGGGAGUUUUGUCUGGACAGGAGUGCUAAGGCCUACUCUUAUAUUGAAUUCCAACUGCAAGGGGAUCUUUAAGUGCAUGCCAAUGUGUACAUGGGACCUCAGAGAGAAUGAAAUGGCAUUUAUCAUCAACUCGACACAAACUAGGUCAUUUCUGGACUAACAUAUAUAGUUUAAUUUUAUUUCAAUAAUUCGCGUGCCCGUAGGGGUCUUUAGCAGUGGGAGGAAACUGGAGGACCCAGAGAAACCCAUGAAGUUUGACAGGCGACCUUACUCCUUGUCAUGUACAACCAGGAAAUCGAAACCACGCCAGUUGACUCAAUCAUACUUUAUGAUACAACGCGCACACGCUAACCAUUUGGCCAUCCAACCUCGCGCCAGUGUGCUACAAGGGAGUUUUGUUUGGACAGCAGUGCUCAGGCCUACUCUUAUAUUGAAUUCCAACUGCCAGGGGAUCUUUUAUGUACAUGCCAAUGUGUACAUAAGACCUCAGUUUUCCGUCCCAUCCAAACGACUAGACAGCUGUCCUUGUCAAGCCCUCCGUCCUGCACCACUGACAAGCGGAAACCACAUCGGAAAAUUCUGAUGAGCUUUCUCAGGCAACACUGUGAGCGAACCUGUGACCUCCAAGCAAGCCAGCCAGUGUCUUAUUCACUUAGCCACUGUGGCAAAGGGGUCAUAAAUAUAAUUCCACAAAAAAACCUGUGCAGUUCACAAACACAUUCUCCUUACUAUUCGAGUCUCUGUGACUACAACAACUACUCGAAAGUAGUGCGAACUGUAAAUUUUAUUUUGUUAAACUAUAGUAAGAAAAGAAACAUAUUGAAUAUGCUUGUCAAUAUUCUUUCUCUGUCAGAGCAGCUAAAAGGUGAAAUUGUCUUCCAAAAACUCUUUGUGAGUCCUCUUCCAUCCAAAACUUAAAAAAUCAUUAUUUCAAAAAUGGUGUUGAGAGAGAGAGAGAGAAAUGGGGUCUUUGGCAGUGGGAGGACCCGGAGAAAACCCAUGAGGUUGGACAGGCGACCCUACUCCUUGUCACGUAUAACCGGGGAUUCGAAACCACGCCAGUUGACUAAAUGACAGACUUUAUGAUACAGCGCGCGCACGCUAACCAUUCAGCCAUUCCCCCCACCCCACCCCACCAUCCAACCCACCAAAAAUGGUGUUGAAAUGGGUGUUUUUGUGAAUGCGCUUAGAAAUACUCAUGUGUAAUGAAGUGCUAUAAUUGAACCAUAAUAAUAAUAUAGUAGGCCUAGUGGACUCCUCCGUCUCAUUUUGGUUGAAUGUUUGGAAAUUUGAUGGCUAAUUAGAUUUAGGACACUCUGGCAUAUUUUCUAGGCUUGGCUUCAUGUGGCCUGUUUUCCAUGCAUACAAGAAUUAACCAAUUAGAAGUUAAACAAAAUAAAAUCUGCUCCAAAAUAUUACAAUACCUUUUUUUAUUUCAUUGCUCAAAACACCUUUACAGCCUGAAUGUUAAUUUUGGGGCAGCGUUUAACUGCAUGGGUGGUAAUUGAAUUUAUUAAAUAGACUAACUUUUGCACAAUAAGUAAAUAUAAAUUAUCUUAAUACCCCAACUCAGACAAGUUAGUGGCCUUUCAAACCAAUUUAAAUUCGGUCAAAAUUUGUAGAAAUUUAGAUAUUAUUUUAUUGCAUGUGUGUACAAUUUGUUAUGUGUCUAAGCUCUGUUACCACAAAAAAUAUAUUUAAUUUAGUCCUUAUAGUAGAUUCUAUCACACGUUUGAAAGUUGUCCAACGGUCGAAUAAAUAUGUUGUAGUUUGACCUAGAUAAAUAUAAGACUGGGAAAAUAAAUAUAAAAAAAUUCCGACAUCUUAAAAGUAGAUACCUAUAUUCGCAAUGGAAAUAUUAUUUUAAAAAUCGGGAUUAUUUAAUUUGAUACAACUGAAUAAAAUGGCUCUAGUCGAUCUAUUUAAAAAAACAUCAACCAAAUAUACGAGUUUGGCUACUGCCAGUGCAGUACUGCAUCCGUCGUGAUCCGAAAAAAGCUGUACGUAUGUAUAUUAUAUCAUGUGCAUGCUUAUAAAAAGGCCUCUGAAUCAUAUAAUAAUUUCUUCAAUUUAACUAUUCAUAGGCCUAAAAUAUUACGUAGUUAUAGAAUAUAUAUAAAAUAUUGAAGUGCGUAGGCCUACAGUUGAUAGUCGCAUAGACUCCGUUAUCUACGUAUAUGAUAUAUGCCGCCAUUUUGGGUCAAGGUCAAGAUAAAUUACAGUCAAUACAAAUGAAUAACUACAUCGAUAGAUUAUUAAAUGUAAUUUCUAUUAACUGAUUUCAAUGUUAGGUGGUCUAUGUUUGUUGUCUUUUUCAGUAUAUUGUCCACAUUGAUUAAACUAUCAUUAUUAAAAUCA